UCUGACUUCAACUGUAUAUGAUAGCAUCUUCCUGCGUUGUCAUCGAAUUAAAUUUGUGAUUUAUUUACCCUUUUUAACCGUUUUUAUACUGCUAAACUGUCUUUACAUUGUUGAAAUAAGUUAAUUUGUCGUAAUUUAUCUCUCUGACAGGAUCUCUGGUUUUCGCGCGCUUUCUCCUCUUUAUCCUCUGGCGACAUCCAGCGGAUAUGAAGUGAAGUGCAUUACCUUUUCUCCGGUGGGCUGUGUCCUCAACACUUCCACUCUUGGUUUUGAUCUAAUUUAUGACAUAAUUAGCAAACUUAUGUGUUUGCAUGCUCGUCUGUCCGUUACUAUUAUUUAUAAUUCCCCAAAUAACUGUAAUAAUUCGUACUAUUAUAUCACGGCAGACGAGAUGUUCAAAUAGAUUACUUAAUUUCAUUUAAUUUUAUAUGUAUUUUUACCAAACAUUUGACUGUAUUUUGACCCACAUAAGACUUAUUUUUCUUUCGGUGUCUCUAUGUGCGCGCGCAUAUUGUAUGACUGGAGUUGUUUUGUGUGGGGAAAGUUGCGCGCGGUUCUCCAGUGCGCGUGAAUCAGAGUGUGAUGAACACGGAGGAUCAUUUAAUGACACCAAACUCACAUCAACAGGGUUCAUCACAUCAGAUUCAGCACAUUGUCAAAACAAGACCUGGUGCUGCUAGAAGGAUCAGAUGAGGGUGAAAAGAUCGUCUGAAUUCAACAACCUGAGGAUGGACACGAAGAAGAAGGGGAACUAAUAAAGCUGAAGAUGGACGCUUCUCUCCAGAGGAGUUUGAGUGUUUUGGAUCGUCUUCUGCUCACACACUCCAUAUGGCUGCAGCUGUCAAUCAACCCUGACUCCGCCCACCAAAUCCUGCAGCGAGAGAUAGUCGGGACUUUCCUGGUGUGUAAGUGCAGCGCCUCCCACAGGAAGGUUUUGUGUGUGCGGGUGCAGGAGGGAGGAGUGUCGCAAUAUCCUGUUCGUGAGGAAGAUUCCACAUUUUCUCUAGAAAGUUCCGCCCUGAGCUUCCCUGAUCUCUGCAGACUAGUGGCAUUUUACACCAUCAGCAGAGAUGUUUUGCCUUUCCCGCUCGAGCUCCCAGAAGCAAUUAUACAGGCCGUGACACACACCCAGCUGGAAAGCAUUUCACAUCUGGGUCUAGAGUUCUGGAGCUCUCAGACGUCCCCUGGACUACCGAAUGGCCCCCCUCCGCCCUCAGCACCCCACAGGACAUCCAGGUUGAUCAGCCCAUGUUUUGUCAAUCCAUUAUUCCUUCAGCCUCCGCAACCCAGCAGAACCGCAUCCCACAAACGGCACCGCUUCAAACGCAGCCUGAGGAUCCGGGUGUCCAACGAAACCUCGCUCAGCCUGUCGGGGGGAGAAUCUGAACUUAACCCAGGGGAAACACACGGACAGAAUUCGGAGAGAAGACGGACGGGAGGGUUAAGUGUGCUUAGGCGGACCCCAGCACUCACUCCCACCUCAGAAGAAGAGGAUGAACAGAUGCUGGGACAGAUUCCACCUAGUAACUCCUUACCCCAACUCAACAAAGACCCUGAAGAUGGCGAGGUGUGUCUUGCUUUGGAAAGGACUCGAGCUCCUUCCCUUGCUGAACUGGACAGCAAUAGUUCCUUCAGCAGUUUGGAGGAAGAGGACACACAGGUUGACCUCGCCCACCAAUGGCCGCCUGCUGCCCGCGGGACCCGAUUCCCAUCCGCAAACCCCACCUCCACUCUACGCCGCAUGACGGCCGCCUUUGUGUGCGUGUUCGCUCCCGAGCGCAGAGUUGCCAGAUUGGUAGACGAACUCUCCCGGGACAGGCGCUCCACGUUUGGAUCACUGGUUCAGGACUUCUUAGAGAAGAAAAGGCAAGAAAUGGAGGCCUCAGUGCACAGUUCUGCAGUGGAGAUGCUUCAGGGAAUGAGGAGAUUUCUGACACAGGCCAAAAGCCUCCUUCUGGAAGCAGGAGAAAUCGAACCUCCGAUUGAGACGUUGGUGCCUGAGAAUGAGAAAGAUCUAGCCCUGGAAAAGGCUCUGUUUGGCUGCGUGUUGAAGCCGCUGAAGGUUCAGCUGCAGCAGACGCUGGUGUCUCUCCACACUCGGGACGGCUCCUUACAGCGGGUUACAGAGAGUCUGCUGGCCCACCAGGAGGGGGCGCUGGAGCGUCUAGCUGUACGAGUGGGAGUCCUGGACGUUCGCGGAGUAGAGCGAGCCAAGGCUAAGCUCAUGCUAAUGCAGCGCAGUCAUUCGCCCAUUGACAAGGUGCUGCUUCUGCUGCAGGUCUGCAAGAGUGUGUACAAAGCCAUGGGGACUCAACCGGGUCAGGAUGUGGGAUCUGACGACUUUCUACCAGCACUUUCCUACGUGCUUAUUCAGUGUAAUAUCCCGCAACUGCUGCUGGAGACGGAGUACAUGAUGGAGCUGCUUGAGCCGUCAUGGCUGACAGGAGAAGGUGGAUACUAUUUGACGAGUGUGUAUGCCAGCCUAUGUCUGAUCCAGAGUAAGCCUGGGACCACGCCCACCUCUGGUUUGACCAAUGAGGCUCAAGAAUACUUGAGAGAGUGGAGCAGGAGGCGGGGCCAAGAAGCCAAGACUCAUAAGGACACUCAGCUGAAACAGAGGUUUGUGCGCAUAUUGUUCCAGGAUGAAAUUCGCAGUGGGGUUCGGACGCUUCUCUGGAAGGCGGGAGAAAAUGUAGACGCCUUAGCUCAAUCUUGCGCUGCUCUUUUCGGCGUAAGCGAGCCGCAACACUACUGUCUCUUCUGGAGGAACGAAGGGGAGAUGCGUCCUCUGCCGGCUCACGUUCAGCCCCAUCAGCUGGGCACGCAUGAAGGAGCGUCACUGUCCUACCUGCGCUCUGAUCACGACUUCAGCAAGAUGCGCAGACUCACCAGAGGGGGCGCUGUGGAUCUGGGAGAGUCCGUCUGUGAGGAGUGAAGAUGAAAAACAGGUGCACAACAUGACUAUACUCUAGUUUUUGUCACAUGCGUGGCAAGACGAUCAUGGAUGUCACAAAGUAUUUGAAUGCCGUGUAUGUGUUCAGUUCAACGGAUGAUAGUGAUCGUUUUUAGUUUGUGUGGGUGUAAAACACAAUAGAAUUUCAAAUGAAUGGGGGUAAUGAGUGGUAAUAAUGCAUAAAGCAAUAUCUGCCAAACAGGAGAUCUGGAAAUCUGAGUCUGAGGUUCUGCUGUCACAAUUGACUUGCAGAGGUGUGUGUGUGUGUGUGUGCGUGUGUGUUGCGGAGUAAUACCAAAGUGUUGAGUUUAAUAAAUAUGUUUAUGUUUAAACAAUCGUGUAUGUAUGCAUCUGAUGUGCUCAACACUUGCGUCUACACUGGACUGUGAGUUUGUGUUAAAUCACAGGAGCUGUUUACACUGGACAAAUGAACGAGGUGAGAAGACUACAAUUGAGAAAGUCUCUGAUCAAAGAACGGUUUGCAUGAGUUCUGUAAUGUUGCAGUCCAAUCAAGUUAAACAUCAUGUUUAUUUAAAAAGCACUGGACUUAAUUAAAGCAAGCAACUUAGCAAGCAACUUUGCAUUAGUAAGGGGAUGGCGCAUUCAAAAUUUUUAAUUUAUAUUAAUAUUAGUUUUAAAAAGCCAUUCUAGGUGACUAUGUUCUUCUGUAAAACAUGAAAGAAGUUUUUAAAACUAGCCUAGAGUGCCAUCAGCACUUAAAAUCUAGCCUAUAGCACCACCCAAAGUUAAAACUUGCCAAAGUCUAGAGCGCCAUCUGCUGUUAAAUACUAGCCUAGAGCGCCAACUGCUGUUAAAAACUAGC